AUGGGAGAGAUGGUUGUGAAUCCAGUAAUUGCACAAGUUACUGGAGGCUCCAGUGGCAUUGGAAAGUGCAUUGCAAUUGAGUGCUAUAAACAAGGAGCGUUUAUAACUCUGGUGGCACGAAAUGAGGACAAGCUGUUGCAGGCAAAGAAGGAAAUUGAAAAACACUCUGUUAAUGAUAAGCAGGUGGUGCUUUGUAUAUCGGUUGAUGUAUCUCAAGACUAUAGCCAAGUAGAGAACGUCAUAAAACAAGCACAGGAGAAACUGGGCCCAGUGGAUAUGCUUGUCAACUGUGCAGGAAUGGCAGUUUCAGGAAAAUUUGAAGACCUUGAAGUUAGUGCAUUUGAAAGACUAAUGAGCGUCAACUACCUGGGCAGCGUGUACCCCAGCCGAGCGGUGAUCACCACCAUGAAGGAGCGCCGGGUGGGCAGGAUCGUCUUCGUGUCCUCCCAGGCGGGACAGCUGGGGUUGUUCGGUUUCACUGCCUACUCUUCGUCCAAGUUUGCCAUCCGGGGGCUGGCGGAAGCUUUGCAGAUGGAGGUGAAGCCGUAUAAUGUUUACGUCACAGUGGCCUACCCACCAGACACAGACACCCCUGGGUUUGCGGAAGAAAACAAAACCAAGCCCUUGGAGACUCGUCUUAUUUCAGAGACCACAUCUGUUUGCAAACCAGAGCAAGUGGCCAAACAAAUUGUUAAAGAUGCCAUACAAGGAAAUUUUAACAGCUCCAUCGGCUCUGAUGGGUACAUGCUCUCGUCCCUGACCUGUGGAAUGGCUCCGGUGACUUCCAUCACAGAAGGGCUCCAGCAGGUGGUCACCAUGGGCCUUUUCCGCACCAUCGCUUUGUUCUACCUGGGAAGUUUCGACAGUAUCAUCCGUCGCUGCAUGAUGCAGAGGGCGAGAUCUGAGGUUGCGGACAAAACUGCCUAAUUCUUACCCCUUGGAAAAAGACUGUCUCUACAUAAUUUGACCAGCUUGCUGCUAAAUGGGACGCAGUUUGGGGCCUGCAGACACCUAUGUCUUGCUUUUGAAUCUGUGAGAUUGGACCAGUGCUCUUCAGAAACCUGGCUGCAAGCAACAGGUUGGAGGUUCCACUCCAGACAUUAUUAUUAAUACUAUGCAAAAUGGAGCAGGGGACCACCUGAUUCUCCGAGGGGGAGAGGUGAUGGUAAGGAAACAGGAUUCCAGAGUGAUCACUGACCUUUUUUUCUAUUUAUUCUUUCUUUCCCGAUAGAGGUCCGGUCCAGAAAUGUACCUUCUGAGGACUCUUAACCUUCCAUGAAAGCAGUUUUAUGGGUUUCUUUUUCUUUUCCUUUUUUUCUUUUUAACUUGGUGUGUUUUAUUCCGGGUGCGUUUCACACAUUGCCACUGUGUCUGGAUGCAUAAUAAUGUCUCCGACUCACUCUGUGGCUGGGGGACCCUCGUGGCUUCUCUCUCUUUGAUCCCCUUAAACUACAAGGAGGGCUGGGAGAGGGCAGUGCAGUGGGACGAAGGAGAUAAAUAUUUUCCAGUAGGAAAAAAUCAUGCUUUCUUGUCUUCUUUAGACUCGAAUGCUUAAGGCACUUUUUAUUUUUCAUUCACGGAGAAAGACAGUGUCCUAUAAUGUUUUCUGAAGAGAAGUAGAAUCUUAGGAGCUUAAAAGUUUACAGUUUCCUCAAUAGCCAUGAAGAUCUGAAGCUCACCCAUUCCAUCGCAGUGUCUUAUUCUUGCUGUGUCUUUCCUUUCCAAUUUUGCUUAUACUGAUAUAAUAUUUUUGUAAAAACAGAAGAAAAGAGAAGACCAAUUUUUUGACUUGACUUUUUAAAUUAAUUGAUGAAUUUAUUAAAGCAAAUGAAAAAAUUAGAAAGUGUGACCUUCUCCUGUAGCAUAUAUGUAGCUCUUAAGAAAGGCUAAUGAUGGCAUAUUUAAGUUCUAUUUGUUAAGAAAAAAAGAUGUAGGGUGACAAGGCUGGUGGUGAAAAGACUUGCAUUUGAAAUAAGAUGAUCACCCCGUUCUUUCUGUGACCCUCCCGCUGGCCCUGAGAACAUCCACUUUGUACCCCAUAUUCAGAAAGCCCAGUUAUCACUCUCACAACGUAGCCCUGGACAUCCUGGUGCCCCGAGUGUUGUUUCCAGAUGACAGGCUUUGUUGUUCACCGGUGGAUUCCUGCAGUAAGUGCCUCUGAUGAGUUAUAACCACCCCUACGUCAGCUGCUUCAGUCUGGCGCUGUGCGUGUUCCUCCGACUUGGGGACAGCCACUUUCAUGAUAAUGCUGUGUUCCCUCCCUCGUGCACACACAGUGAGCAUAUACAAUACCACAUGCCAGUCCAUUUUGGUGAGAAAAGACCACUGCUAUUGAAGAAGAAACUUUUUUUUAAUUGUUUAAAAAAAAAACUACAAAAGAUUAAAGACCUAAAAAGUA